GUCUGAAGAUGGACUUCUCGAAAACACCAUCAUGCCGAAGCCACGAAAUCGCCUAUCAAUUAAGAAUUGCUUGAUUCGGCAAGCUGCAAGACCUAGUGCAAGAAUUGGACCAUAGUGAUUUGGAAGCUUGUAGCGGAACCACAUCGUUAUUCGCGGGGCACCUGGAAAAAUUGGAUGCAGUCACCACAUUGACACUAGAUCAUGGCUCUCAAAAACUUCAAUCCGGACGUCUUCUUGGAGAAAUGGACCGACGAAGAGUUUAAUCCUAUCCAAAGUGGUAAGCCCUUGGCCCGAUGUAUCGGCGAAUCAUUCGACAUUCCACCAACGGACCAAUACAUCUACCGCGCGCAAGGCGAAACCACGCUGCACAUCACUGAACGGGCCAUAUUGGGAAAGCGAGCUCAUGGCAUGCACGACUGGUACCAUGAUGACUCAGGCACUCCAAUUGAACCCCAAUAUCCAUCGCAAGAGGAAGUAACAGCAUACACAUCGCUCUUCGACCCGUCUCUCAACCUACCCAAAGCCAUCAACGGCUUUAGAUCCCAGUCGAAACCCAACACAAUCCGCAAGCAAGUCGCCGAGCACCUCUCCUCGCGAUUCCACAACACCACAGCCGGGCUUCUCCCCGCGAAAAAGGACCGCAAACACGUGAAUCCAUACCUCAGCCUCUGGACAUAUUCGUGCCAGGAACUCGAGUGGAGCGGACCGGUCCCGAGCACCAGCUCCACGAAGAUCUCGCACCACAUUUUGCCCAUUUUCUACCACCACUUCGGCUGCAUUGUGCCAUCGUACGCGGCGUUGCACGUCUUGGCGAAGCUCGCGCAGCCUGCGAAGCCGAGCAAAGAGGAUGUGAUCCCGAUAUUGGACGUAGGCAGCGGGAACGGGUACUGGACGUUCAUGCUGCGGAACUUCCCGCUUCCUACGUCCGAAUUGAAGGCUCUGGAUGUGCGGCCGAUUGACAGCGGAUUGAGUGAGUAUCGCGUCAAUUGGGUUAAGGAUACGAUUAAGAUGGAUGGUAAAGAGUAUUUGCGCAGGAAUGGUAAUGGUACGGGGUCUAUUCUGCUGCUGGUUUAUCCGCAAGCGACAGGUGAUUUCACAGGGCCGAUUUUGAGGAUGUUCGAGGGUGACACAGUUGUGGUUGCGGGCACCCAGAACGAGAAUGGGUUCACGGCAUUCCAGGAUCAAGGUGUUGAUCAGUGGGUGGAGAAGAACCUCAAAGCCUUUGAGCUGACGUUGAGGAUGCCGCUACCGAGUUUUGCGGGGAAGGAUGAGGCGCUGUUCGUGUUCCAGAGAAAGAAGGCGUAGAAAUGGGCCGUCACAAAUCCCUUCACAGCUGUUAGGAACCAUUUGCCCAGCUGGAUCGAAGAAACACUUCAUGCACGGGUUCUCAGAGCUUCGGUAUGCUCGAAUGACAAUGAAGUAGCACAGAGUAGCCAAAUGAUGACAAA